UGUCACGUCGUGAUCGCGCUGCCAUGUAUGUACACGCGUACAUCGAUGUAAAUUAGUAAAUUAGGAAAUUACUCUCUCUAAUGUUAAGGUGGAACCGAGCGAGUCUCAUAUCGCCCGACGUGUCGACCGACUGGGAACGUGUCUGUCGAAAGAUACGGGACAACACGUAGAAAGGAAAAGAAAAACAGCUAAGUUCUAAUGUUCUCAUGUUAUCAAAAACACAAAAUGGAGCAGCUAGAUAUAACAGGAAUUGUACUGAGAUUGUGCCUAUUCAAUGUCCUAAUGAUAGACUGGGGCAGCGCAGCUGCGGUAGCUCAUAAGGAUUCAAGUCUGAUUAGCUUAGCCGAUCAAGGCUUAUAUAAUGCCAGCGACGAUGUAGUGAUUCUCAAUGCCACAAAUUUCAAAGCUAAUGUUUAUAGAAGCAAUAGGAGCUGGUUGGUCGAAUUUUACAACAGCUGGUGUGGCUUUUGCUUUAGAUUUGCACCAACGUGGAAAGCUCUGGCGAGUGAUAUUUUAUCUUGGAACGAUAUUGUCGUCGUUGCGGCCAUAGAUUGCGCCGAUGAUGAUAACAAUCCAAUCUGUCGCGAAUAUGAAAUUAUGCAUUACCCAAUGUUGAAAUAUUUCUCUAUAAAUGCGCGUCCACCGUCCUUGGGUAUAGUAAUAGAAAAGGGGGACAGUGUCGCCUCGUUGAGACAUAAUUUAAUCGACAGGCUCGAAAUGGAACAACAGGAAGGACGAGGAUCUACGUGGCCUAACAUUGCACCGUACAGGAAUGUCGAGACAACAGAUAUAUGGAAAACAGCGUCCAACAAUGUACAAUAUUUCUUCCUGAUUUUCGAGACUACGGACUCACACUUGGGCACGGAAGUCAUUCUUGAUCUCCAUAAAAUCAGCAGCUUGCAGAUACGCAGAGUGACUUCCGACAAUCAACUGCUGUGUGUGAUGAACAAAGUUACCAAAUUCCCAACUUUAAUAGUCUUCGGCCGCAAUGAAUCGCAGAAGGUUGUCAGCAUGAAGAUACCAACGAGGCAAGGAGUUCGGCAAGCUAUUAAAAAUUACGCGAUCGUGAAAGGAGUGAAUAUCGAUGAAGUGGGCACAACGAUGUCUCACGAACAGAGUGUGGAGAACACGCCUCGAAUAACCAUGACGAUUGUAAAAAGUCACGAGGUGGUGGAGGACCAACUACCAUCGUCGAAAAAAGUUGACGAUUAUUUAUAUCAACUUGAUCUGGAGAGCACUCUACAUUAUUCGAUCAAUCAUGAAAUAUCCCUGAUGAAGUCGAUAGACGGCGAGAAAAUGGAGGCAUUGCGGAAAUAUCUCGCGGUGCUGGCAGUGUACUUCCCUCUACGUCGUAAUAAUGCUUAUCUGGAGGUAAUACGCGAUGUCGUCGAGAGCAAAAGCUCAAUGACCGGUGAGGAAUUCAGCCAACUGGCAAAGACGACAGAGGAAGAGAUGUCGCCGGUGUACUCGGGGAUGCCCCGUCGGUGGAUAGGAUGCAAAGGCAGUACGGAUUCGUAUCGCGGAUAUCCUUGUGGAUUAUGGACCAUGUUUCACAUGUUGACCGUGAACUUCGCGCUAGAACGCAACAAGGACGUUUCUCAGGUUCUCUCGCAGGAUCCUGCAGCGGUACUACGAGCGAUGCACGGCUACAUCGGGACUUUCUUCGGUUGCGCUGAUUGCGCCGCACAUUUCGUGGAGAUGGCUAGCAAGAACAAGAUAUUUGACGUGCACAGCAAGGACGAAGCUGUCCUCUGGUUGUGGCGGGCGCACAAUCAAGUGAACGCUCGAUUAUCAGGUGACAACACGGAAGAUCCUCAGCACAAGAAGAUACAAUAUCCCGCGGUCGAACACUGUCCAACAUGCAGAUUCGUGAACAAUAGCUGGAAUGAAGAAGAAGUCUUACAAUACUUGAAAAUGAAAUAUAGUUACAACAGCAUCAAGUAUGACGGGAUCAGCAAUUCCAACAAUGAUGUAGGUAUGAUCAAUGGCAACGGUUCGAGAGUGAGGCCGGAAAGACUCGCCAAAGAGACAAAGCGCAUCACCGCUUUCGGUUGGGAUUUGAAUAUAUUCGACAUCAGUAUCUGCGUAGUGCUGUACAUCACUUCGGCCGCGAUACUCGUGUUGGUAUGCAUCAAGUUCGCCGUUAAAAGGACAUAUAAAAAGAAAGCCCACAUUAAUCUACUACCCAAAGUAUAAUUCUUUUUCUUAUACUUUGCGUAACAUUCCCAAACCAGCAAACAUCACUCAGGCACGUUCCAAUUGAGAGAACAAGUCUCAAAUUUUUAGUAAUGGAGAAUAAUAAGACUAAAGUCAGCGCUGUAAAUGGUGCACAAUUAUAUAUUUAAUUUUAACUAUGUUUAUUAAUAAAAAUUAGAUAUUUUUUGCGUUAAGUCGAUCUUGCCAGUAAUGAAAUAACAGUAUCCAAUAAAUCAAAAUGAUUCAAAAUGAACGUAAACCGCUAAAGAAUAUACUCAAGUCCAUACAAAUAUAAAAAUAUUUAACGGAAUCAAAUAAUUCUUUCGCAGAUUAUAUUAAUUAAAAUUUUUCUAUUGGCGAAAACAGCAUGCAUUUUACACUAAUUAUUCUCAAAGUGGGGAUCAACGACGAUAUAUUCUUUUGCGAGUUUUAAAUAAAUAUUGAAUUACUAAGUAAUUAUAAAAUUUUUUUAUCAAAUUAUAAACAAGCGAUUCCACUUUAUGAUGUUGCCUUAAACUCGUCCAAAGAAUAUAUCUUAUUAAUGACUUCUACGUUAGGUUUGCGUAAAAGAUAUAGAAAUAUAGAUGUAUUAGAUUGUAUAAUGAUAAAACGAGUUAAGAUACAUUCAUAGAAUAUUCUCGAUUAUUUAAUAUUUACAUGCAAAAUAUCUUCACAUCGCUAUGAUGAAAUAGACAGAAAUUACGCAUUUAUAAUCAUGGAACACCAUAUAUCAUCAAAAAAAAUAUAAUAUAUAAGUGUUUAGCUUUUUUUCACUCGAUGGCAAAUGCAGUGUGACUGAAAUGAUUCUCUGUCGGAUUAUUAUAUUAUUAUUCAAUAUUUCAAUACGUUGUAUUGAAAAUCCUAAACGUAUAGAGUUAGUAAUAUUAACCAAUUAUCGCAAGACAUUAAUGAUUGAAAGACAAUGUUAUUCUAUUAUUUUGUUCUUUCAUGCUUCCUGAAAUGUUCGUGUACGCCUUCUUUCUACGUAUUUUAUAUAGUUGUUCUUUUAUAUGAAAAAUUUUGUACCAUUUAGGGUACCGGCAGGUGUUCAAAUUAAAGAAAUGGUAAUUGUUGAUAUAUUUAAUUAAAUAUUAAGGAAACGAAAUGUCAAAUUAUAUAUAAAUUAGUUUCUGACUGGCAUACUAUAAUUGCAUUUGAAUAUAACCAGGGUUCAUUAUAAAAGAUAAAAGGUUGUGAUCUUCAAGUCGCAAAUGUCUAUAUGAACAUUAAUCUUUUAUGGAUAUUUAAUUUGUAAAUAGAUACCCAAAAGAAAUUA